UCGGGCUUAAAGAAAAGGAAAAAAUCUUGGGUGGCUUUGGCUCAAAGAACAAGAAAUAUAUAAAGUGUCGUUGUUUUCUUGUGAAUCAUAUACUGUAUUCAAGUUUUGAGCUCUUUUUCUUUUUGUGUGUGUGGUCCUCAUUCCUCAAAGACUGUAACAUAAAAAAAGUCUUUGAUGGCUUUGAGUUUUUGCGUAUACGCGUGACGGCGCGAGACUAAACGUUUUUAAAAGUUGACUAUAUUUCAACUGUUUUUUUGGGGUGAAAGUUCGAGGAUUCUUCAAAAAAUAAUUUUUGUUUAGAUGAAGGAAUCUGUUUUUUUGUUUAAACGUUGAAAGAUCAUUUUUUUUCUUCUCCUUUUUGGUUUGAUUAUCCCAGGCAAGCAUCAAUUGUAGCAAUGUCGCUGGUUAGAACAGCGACGAUCGUUCUUCUUAUAAUCGCGUUUCUUCAAAACGCUGCGGCUCAGAAAAGACAGCAAAGUAUUGUUAAGUCUCGCGGUACGGUUGCCACUGACGAUGGACGGUGUUCUGUGAUCGGGAUGAGUGUUCUUCGUCACGGAGGAAACGCGAUUGAUGCGUCGGUCGCUGCUGCUUUUUGUUUGGGCGUUGUCAGUCCCGCUUCUAGCGGUAUAGGCGGUGGAGCGUUCACAUUGGUUAAGAUAGCUGGUGGGAAAGAGAUAGCUUAUGAUUCUAGAGAAACCGCUCCUCUAAGCGCCACUGAGAAUAUGUAUGGAGCUAAUCCUGAGCUAAAGAAGACAGGAGCUUUAUCAGUAGGAGUUCCCGGGGAAGUCGCUGGUCUAUUCACGGCUUGGAAACAACAUGGAAAGCUACCGUGGAAGCGGUUAGUGAGUCCUGCAGAGAAACUUGCAGAAGGAUUCAAGAUUUCAAAGUAUCUCUAUAUGCAGAUGAACGCCACAAGAAGCGGCAUCUUAGCAGACAAAGGUCUCUCGGAGCUAUUUGUUUCAAAUGGAGAGCUAAAGAAACCAGGGACUAUUUGCCGUAACCCAAAAUUGGCGUUAACUUUGAGGCAAAUUGGGGAGUACGGUCCAAAAGCAUUUUACAAUGGCACCGUUGGAGUUAACCUAGCGAGGGAUAUUCGUAAGUCUGGAGGGAUAAUAACUUUGAAAGAUCUGCAAAGUUAUAGAGUAAAGGUCAAGGAACCGUUGUCCACAGACAUUCUCGGAUACCGACUACUCGGUAUGCCUCCACCUUCAUCCGGUGGUGCUGCAAUGAUGCUUGUUCUGAACAUUCUUGCUCAAUAUGGGAUUCCAUCGGGUGUUUUAGGCCCUAUUGGUGUUCAUCGACUAAUCGAGGCUCUGAAACACGCAUUCGCAGUUAGAAUGAACCUCGGUGAUCCAGAUUUCACUGAUGUUACCAAGGUUGUUUCAGAUAUGUUGUCUCCAAAGUUUGCACAAGACUUGAAGAGAAAGAUAAACGACCUAAAAACCUUUGAUCCUAAAUUUUACGGCGGCAAGUGGAAUCAGAUCGACGACCACGGUACAAGCCAUUUAUCGAUCAUAGAUCGGGAGAGGAAUGCUGUGUCGAUGACUAGUACAAUAAAUGGUUACUUUGGGGCAGUGAUGCUAUCUCCGAGCACAGGAAUCGUUUUGAACAACGAAAUGGACGAUUUCUCAAUCCCGAUGAAAUCUAACGGUAACUUAGAUGUUCCACCACCAGCACCAGCUAACUUCAUCCGUCCGGGAAAACGACCUUUGUCCUCUAUGUCACCGACCAUUGUACUCAAGGACGGUAAGGUGAAAGCCGCAGUGGGUGCGAGCGGAGGAGCGAACAUCAUUGCUGGGACAACGGAAGUUUACUUGAAUCAUUUCUUCCUCAAGAUGGAUCCUCUUUCUUCAGUCUUAGCUCCACGAAUCUACCAUCAGCUGAUACCAAACAGAAUUUCGUAUGAGAAUUGGACCACAGUAUUCAAUGAUCAUUUCGAGAUUCCUAAAGCGACAAGAGUUGUGUUGGAGAAGAAAGGUCAUAUCCUAACGCCCGUCGCCGGAGGGACGAUUGUUCAGUUCAUAGUUCAAGAAUCCGGUGGAAACUCGGGCGGAAGGAGUGAGCUUGUGGCAGUAAGUGAUCCAAGAAAAGGAGGGUUCCCUUCAGGAUAUUGAGAUCGAGAUUUCAUUUUUUUCUACCAAUUGUUUUAUUAACUCACUGCAUCGAGCUUUGGCCUUUGGAAUUGGAUGAAUUUCAAGUUACAUCAAUCUUUUUAGUUUUAUUAAUAAAAACUCAUUACCAACCAUGUAGAAUAAUUUAUUUGGGCGAAUCUAUGUUAAGAUUUUUGAGUUUU